AGCAGCGCCGCAGAGACACACGUGAAAACAUCCUGGUCGGGGUUAGUUAGCACUCUGGCUAGCUAGGUAGAGUUGAAAAUAUAAAACUGUGCUUGUCGGUGAUCGCUUUCGAGUGAAAUUUGAACUGUAACCAAUUAAUUCGAAAUCUAGAUUAUAAAAAAAUAAAAAUAAUUUUCGUCGCUAUUAGCUAGUUAGCAUAUGCCGUUAAGCAGGUCCGUUAUUAAAAUGCGUCUCGCGCAGGCCGCGUGCUUGGACGGUUCCGUUUCUAAGCACCUGGUAAGACAGGUGUUCAGCUGCGCGGCGUCCAGGUGUUCAGCAGCUGUCGCUCGUGGUCUGGAUGCGCCGCCGCAGCCCGUGGUGAUCCGUGUCCCGAGACGCGCGCAGGAGCGCGUGGAGGACGUCAAACGCGUGAGACGGAAAAACCUCGCGCGCGUGCCAACCGCGCAGGCGGGCAAGCUACUGAUCAAGAGCAAAAACCCAGUGUUCAACCAGGCCGUGGGCUACACGCUGGGGAGGUUUGAGGAGCCCAUGCUCACGUCAAAGGGGUGGAAAAACAACAAAUCAUUUGGAGACUACUUUAGCAUAAACAGCACCCAGAGUGUUCCUCUUUUCAUCACAGAGGGCAAGGAUGGGACCAAAGAGGACAGACAUGACCAAACUGGUCGCAGAGGAACGUUCGGUGCUCUCCAUCUUUGCACUGAACUGGUGGAGACUUUGCAGAGUCACAAUAUAAGUCAUCCCACAACUGUGCAGAAGCAAACGAUUCCCAAACUGUUACGGGGACAUAACGUCUUGUGCGCAGCAGAGACGGGCAGUGGAAAAACACUUGCAUACCUCCUUCCUAUUAUCCACAAGUUACGUCAGGAGAUGCCACCUGAAGAAAUUAUGGACUCUGAAAGGAAGACUCGAGCAGUGGUCCUGGUGCCGUCACGAGAGCUGGCGCAGCAGAUCACUUUGGUUGCCAGGGCGAUGAGCCAGCCGUUCCGCUUCGUGACAAAGGUGGUCGGAGGAGGGAGGGGGGUUGGCAGCAUCAAAGCAGCGUUCUGCCACGGUCAGCCCCACAUUCUGGUUGCCACCCCUGGUGCCCUUCUGAAAGCACUGUGGAGGAGUUACCUGGACCUACACGAAGUGCACUACAUGGUGGUUGACGAAGCCGACACGAUGUUUGACCCCAGCUUUGUGGGCAUGCUGGAGGAAAUCCUCCUCCAGACCCAGGUCGCAGCUAGCCUCUCGGAGACAGAGGGUCUGAUCCGCAAGGCCCAACUGGUGGUGGUGGGAGCCACUUUCCCUGGAGGGGUCGGGGAGCUCCUCAGCAAAGUGACCGACCUGGGCAGCAUGCUGACGGUGAAGAGCAGGAUGCUUCAUUACCUCAUGCCGCACGUCAAGCAGACUUUCCUGAAAGUGAGGAGUGCGGAGAAGGUGCUGGAACUUCAUCAGGCUCUGAAGGAGGUGGCGCCCCAGCAGAAAGGUGUGUUGGUGUUCUGCAACAAGGCGCCUACCGUCAACUGGUUGGGCUACGCCCUGGAGGAGAUGGGCCUGCGUCACGUGAGACUCCAGGGGCAAAUGCCUGCAGCCAUGAGGGAAGGAAUAUUCCGGAACUUUCAGAAGGGCCUCGUGGAUGUCCUCAUUUGUACUGACAUUGCUUCCCGAGGGCUUGACACGCAGAGGGUGGGACUGGUGGUCAACUAUGACUUCCCUGAGUCCUACACGGACUAUAUCCACAGAGCGGGGCGUGUGGGCAGGGCAGGAGGCUCAGGUGCAGGACACGUCCUGAGUUUCGUCACCUACCGAUGGGACGUGGACCUGGUGUGGAAGAUCGAGACAGCAGCCAGAAGGAGAAUGGCUUUACCGGGGAUGGAGACACAGAUCCACAAACCCAGUACAAAAUCCUGCUCUUAGGAGAGCAAGUGACACUUCCACAAAUCCAUUACCAGCGUGACACAUUAUCAUGCCACAGCUCUUGUUAAGGAAUGCCUAAUAUAUUAAUGAUAACCUCUUUGACUGAGGAGAAAAGUGAUGAUGUAACACAAGUUUUUAAGUUAAAUAAAGAGAGUAAUUGCAGUAAUACAGUACAAGG